UUUUUUGGAUAUUAUUUACCCAAUGGCAAAACUCUUAUCUACCCAGUGUUUGAACUCUUACUUACCCACAAUCUAAGCUUUUAUAUACAUAUUGACAAAACUCUUAUCUAUCCACUGAGUGAACUCUUAGCUACCGGUAAACAAAAUUUUUAUCUACACAUUGUCUUAAAACUUAUCUACCCAGUGUUUAAACUCUUAUCUACCCAUACCCUGCGCUUUUAUCUAUACAUUGUCUACAUUUUAUCUAACCAUUUUCUGGACUCUAUCUGCCCAGGACCAGAACUCUUGUCUACCCAGUGUCGACACUUUUAUCUAAACAUUGUCUGGAUUUUAUCGACAGUGUCUGAAAUUUUAUCUAAACACUGGUCGAAUAUUAUUUAGCCAGUCGCAAAACUCUUAUCUACCCAUAAAAAACUGAACUCUUAUCCACCCAUACAUAACUUUUAUCUGUCAUAACUCACAUCUACUCAAUUGAUGGAACUCUUACCUACCCAGUGUCAAAACUUUUAUCUACAUUGUUGCUCCGAAAUGAUUUUUUUACCCAUUGCCAAAUCUCUUAUCUACGAAUUGUUUAACCUCUUAUCUACCAAGUGUUUGAACUCUUAUCUACCCAGAGUCUUAGCUUUUAUCAAAACAUUGUCUAAAUGUUGGCUACCCCUUGUCUGGUCUCUUGUCUACCCAUGA